UGUUUUGUUCAUCCUCGACAGCGAAUGUAGUGCUAUGUUGUUACAGGGCGAAGGCUCUAACCGUUUCUGGAACAGCUCUCAGAUUUAUUCGUCCCUCAACACUCGUACCACGCGAAGCUCUACCUUCAGUUUCCAGCACGCCGAUUCUGCAGUUUCCGCUCGGCUACCGGAAGAGAGGAUCUAUGGCAUUCCAAAUAAAUGUUGCACUUCCAGUUGCACUUCCAGUUCAAUUUCCAAUUCCGAAGAAAACAGAUCCCUUAAUACAAUGCAUCAUUGACAACGAUCUGAAGAAGUUGAAGAAAUGUAUCAGAGGGAUUAAUAUUAAUGGACUCUACCCUUCUGCACAGUGGAGUGACCAUGUUACUCUGCUGACAGCUGCAGCUGCAUGUGGGCAAGAGAAGGUUUGCAGUUUUCUACUGGGUCAGGGAGCUGACCCUAAUGUACCCUCAACAAAAGCACUGACCCCUCUGCACUAUGCCACAUUUGUUCCAGGAGUGCCACUGAGUGUUGUGAGAACAUUACUUGCAGCAAAGGCCAACCCAGAUGGUCAUGUUCUACACCUUAUUUCACCAUUGCAACUUGCAGCCAGUAAGGACAAGGAAGAUGUGGUCAAAGAACUUAUAGAAGCUGGUGCUAAUAUAGAAAGUAAUUAUGGAGUAAACCCAGAUUUUGACAAGAAAGUAGCGAAUAUUAUUCGUCGGUUACCUUUAGGGAAUGAAGCUUUUGAGAAAUGCAGAAUAUUUUUUUAUUUGACUUCUACGGUUGGCCAGAAAUCCCAGCCAGAGGUUUUCGACCUCUUUAGGGAACAUUUUUUUGAGGAACAUCCAUUGAAUCAUUUAACACUAUUGGAGGUAUUUUUUAAUGUUGUGGGCCCAAGUUCAGAACAAUAUCAUCAAAGCAGCGUCAAGUGGUUGAAGGACUCCAAGAACAUAGACAUCUACAUUGAGGGAUUCAUCAAACGCUUUCCCAUAAUUCCUAAUGACAGUUGUAUACGUGCACUGACCACUUUACAUGCUGUCAUUUGCAUGAUGAAAGAAACAUCUCCUCAUAUUUUUAAUGAGAUUGUACCCAUUCUGAUGAAAUGUCUCUUGUCUGUGGGCAACCCUCAGGCAUACGAGAUAAUACUAAGCAUUCUCUGCGUUACACUGGAGAAGUCCUCAAAGCACAAAGCAGGCAAUGAUGCUCUUAACUUGUCUGUGCUGGAGAAGUUAUGCAAUGAUCUUAUGCCUCUCACCCAAACAAAUGAUUCACUGAACGUUAAUAUUCUUACUUACCGGCUGUUUGCUGACCUUUCUGAGUUUGUACCGAAUCAUAUUAAUACAUUAGGAUUACACUCAGUGCCUGACAGGGUGCUUGAUGCUGUGGAGAUCAGAACAGAUGAUGUUACUAAAGAGAAACUGCAAAAACUGAAUACAAGUCUCAGAUGUCCACAAAGAUUGAGUGCCACAGAUAGUUUGUAUGAAGAAAUGGAUAAUAUGCAGUUAAAGAACAGGAAAAAGAAGAAAAAGAAGAAACAGAAGAAGGUUAAAGGGGCCCAACAACAGGCAACAUCAAAAGAUGUUGGAGCAGAAACUGAAAAGCAUGCUGAUUCAGCUGGUGCCAUGACUUCAUUUGAGGAAUCUAAUUCUGGUGUGCAGCCAUUCACAGAGAACUCACCAAUAAAGAGAAAAUGGCAUCAAAUCAGCCAACGCUGGAGGAGCAAGCUGGAGAAACUUGCUAAUAUAGAUGAAAGUGAGGUUUAUAGAUUGAAGAAUCUUACACUUUGUGUAAACCCUGAAUUCCAGAUAGCUAAAGGAAGUGAUGGAACAGAGGUGUAUCUUGGCCUGAGGGAUGAUGGCACAGAGGUAGCAGUCAAACGAAUGCUUAAGUCCAAUUAUCAAGACCUCAAAAAUGAGGAGGAAUUUUUACGGCUUCCCAAGCUUGACAAUCCUUGUAUUGUUAGAUAUGUGGACUUUGCAGAGGAUGAGAAUUUUGGAUAUCUUGUCCUUCAACUUUGUGAAUACACACUGGAGGAAUAUAUCCAAAGCCAAUUACCAGAAAAUAGCUUUCAACAGCCGGCUGUCCUGAAGAAAAUUGUAAAGGAAGUGCUAUGUAGCCUUGAAGUUCUUCAUAGUCAAGAUACCAAAGUGCUCCAUCGGGACAUCAAACCCCAGAAUGUUUUGAUAGAUAUAAUUGGAAAGGCAAGAUUAGCUGAUUUUGGCAUAAGUCGAAGGCUGAAUGUGGGUCAAACAACUUUGCGCACUAGUCCUGCUGGAACAAAGUGCUGGAAAGCCAAAGAGACUAUUGAAGAGGACAGUAAUAGUGGCUACAAGAGGAGUUCUGAUAUCCAGGUUGCAGGAAUGUUAGUGUAUUACAUCCUCUCUCGUGGACACCAUCCUUUUGGUAAAGGUGUGUUUUGUGAGAGUAACAUUUUUCGUGGGAUAUAUUCCCUGGAACACCUGGACGAUGAGGUGGAAAAGGAUCUGGUGGAGUGGAUGAUCAGUGACGAUCCAAGCAAGAGGCCUAGAGUUGAGGAGGCCCUUGUCCACCCCUUCUUUUGGACAGAUGACAAGAGAGUGGAGUACUUAAAAAAACUGGGGAAUAUGGAAGAGGUGCAGAACUGCCGGCAGGCUGAAGAGGAGCUCCUUAAAGCACUAGAGGAAAUGACAGUGGGGAAAACCUUCUCAGACUGGAGAGCAAAAUUCCCCUCUGAGCUUGUACAAAAAAUGGAAGGGAGAAAGCCCUACCCGGAGAACAUACUUGGGCUGCUGCGAUUCAUACGGAAUAUGCACGAGCACUAUUCUGAGGAUGCAGAGAAAAUAAACCUCAUGACCUCAUUCCCUGACCUUUUUGGAAAUGUUCUCAAGUUUGCCAAAAAAAGAGGAUGGAACACCAAACCCAGCCUGAGAAAAAUGUUUAACUCACCACCAGUGAUCUGAUAACUGUUCCAUAACUGGACAACAAGGACUGAAGUUUACACAAAGUAAUGCAAAUUUGACUGACAUCGGCACUGCAACUCCAGCAUUAUGAUUCAAUAAAAAUACAUUUUAAUAACAAAGAGCAAUUUGUAUUAUUGGACAUAAUGGAAUACAGCUGACUUUGAAUAAUAGAAGACUUCGAAUGAACCAAAGAUCAGCAAAAUAUGCCAAUACAGCACAAUUAUACUUUGUUUAGUCAUUUUUCAUAAUAUCAAGGAAUAGCAGAUUUAGGGAGGUUACAUUCUAUUAUACAUCAUUGAUCAUGUCUGUAAGAUUCUAUACAGAAAUGUAAACAAUAACUCCAUCACAACUGCUAUUCUAGGCUUUUGAAAUGUACUUAUUUUUAAACAAGAAGUAUUUUUGAGGUUAUAUCUUUUCAAAUAAUGUGUCAUCUUUUGCUUUUCUUUUUUAUUUCAUUGAAUGUUAUUCUCAUGAACAUGAUGCCAAAUAAACUGUACUUAAAAGGCCUAA